GAAGCUCAGUUGCUAGCGACAUUUAAACUGAAAUCGAACGUGUGAACAUUAUGAAAUUCUUGGCACUGUUGGCGCUGCUUUUGAUCUGGCAAAGUUCUGAGCUGGGCAAUGCAUUACCCAACAGUGAACCCAUGUCGGCGCCGCUGACAACACACAACGAAGACCUCAAGUUCAGUCCGCGCCUUCUGGUGACGCCCGUUAAAGACGACGUGAAGCCCAUUCGAGGCACUGAGAAUCCAGUUCGACUGGCACGCAAAUUGCUAUUGGAAUUGAAGCUGUACAAUCUGGUGGACGAGGUGGUGCAGGCCAAGCAUAUAGACGAUACAUUUGGCAAGGGGCUGCUCUUCGAGAUGGGCAACCCGCUGCAGGCCAACGAAGUGGUGCAGGCCUGGGUCGAUCCACCCGGAGAACUCUGCAAGCAGCUGCACGUGGCGCAGGACCUACGCAAUUUCUACGAAGCACAGAUAUCAUAUCGGACAUUAUUAUAAAUUUGAAAUUUUAAGACAAUAGAGCUGAGAGAAGUAGCUGCAAAAGGUUAAGUAUUCGCGUUCUCGCUCUCACUUGUUAUAUCUGCUUGUGUGCAAUAUAUAGAGGGAGAGAAUGAAGAAAGAGCGAGUGUCAGAAGGAGAAAGUGCAGAGACAGAGCGAAGACUGUAAGCUGGAAUAGUUAUCAAUUUAUCGCAUUAGCUUAUUCCAAGAAUAU